UCCUUCACUAGAACUGGCACGCGAGGAGGAGCGGACGCUGUUGUGACGCAUAGCAUUUCCAGUUAAAGACUGCCCUUCUCCUCCGAGGAAAUGGACGGUAGCGAUACUUCACCCAUCUCACAUUUUUAAAAAAAAUACGUUUUUAAAUACAGGCUAUAUUUGAGCUCUAUUCGGGGAUGUUAGAACGCUUCUGGGAGAGUAAGAAAAGACCAUGUUGGAUCGCCGUGAGUAGAGUGUGUUUGAUGAAGUGAGAAGUACUGCUGUAGCGCCCUCUGUAGCGGCCAUGAGGAAAUGUCAGCUGUUCGCUUAUGUUUUGCUGGCUCUAAUCAGCCAGUCAUGUACAAUAUCAAAUUUUGCAAUUGGAGCAGGACAGACUGUGAAAAGAACUUGUCCUGAUAAUGAAUACUGGAAUAAUAAGGGAUUCUGCUGUGGUAAAUGUCAUCCAGGGUAUAAAUUGAAAGCGAAAUGCCCAGAAAACAAUACGAUGUCCAUCUGUGUAAAAUGUGAGAAUGGAACCUACCUAGAUAACUCAAACCACAAUGAAAACUGCUUUAGUUGCAAGAAGUGCAACAAAGACCAUUCCAUAGAGAUAUCACCAUGUACAUUCAAAAGCAACAGGGUGUGUGGGUGUGAGUCAGGAUACUACUAUAAGAAAUUCGGCGACUUGGGAUGGGAAUGUUCUCCCUGUAAGAAGUGUGGACCUGGGCAGAUGAUAACUGUGGAAUGUCGUGGGGAACAGAAUGCAAAGUGUCAAUGCAAAGAAAACCAUUAUUCUGUCGAGGGCAAAUACUGUGAGCCAUGUGUUAAAUGUCAGGAUGAGUGUCAACACUUGUGCAAAUCCAGCACACCUCCUAACCCUGUUAGGACUUUCAACCCAACUCAUUCUCCAGGCUCAAUACCUCAAAUACUGGUCCCUGUGUGUGCAUGCAUCACGGUUCUAGCACUGGCAUUGUUCAUGUCAUACGAGGGCAUCAGACUUUGGAAGAAAAAGAGGCGUGCUUUGUCAUCGCAGAAAUCAUCACCUGCUUCCGAUGAUCAGACAUUGAUUAUCACAGUGGCACCAGACACAGAACACAGUGAGAACAUUCCCCUCACAAACCAGCCGUGCAAAUCAGAUCAAAAUGGAAAACUCCCAGACUGCGUCCCAAGAGAGAUCAAAAUUCACGAGUUAUUCUAUUUUGUGCUGGACGAGGUGCCUAUUGGACGAUUUAAAGAGCUUGUACGUCGGCUUGGUGUUUCUGAGCAGAACAUUGACAGGGCGGAACAAGACCACAGGAACAGCAAAGAUGCCCACUACCAGAUGCUGAAGGUUUGGAGUGACAGCGGCAGUGGAGGAGGGAACAAUGUUUUGCCAUGUCACCGCAUCCAGAUGUUAGUAGACACUCUGAAGGACAUGUAUUUGGUUAACUGUGCAGACAACAUCGAGAGCAGGUUCCUCUCACAGGACACAAGCACUUCACACUGAGGCCAUUAGAAGAGAAAGAAGAAAAGGGCAUUAAUAGAGAACUUAACCUUCCACCGAUUUCCAUUGGAUUCCUUUGAGAGUGGAAGUGCGUCUACAGCUGUUUUUUGGCCAUGUUUUUGGCUACAGUUGUCUGAAGAUUUCACACUAAAUUUUUUAUGAAUAUGCAUAUGUUCUGUGUUUGUAUGCUGGCUUUUUUUAGUGCUGUUAAAGUAAAUGUAUCUGAGGGUGGUGGGGUGGUUGGGGUUUGUGUUGUAAUUUUUCAGAUAUGUAAUGGAGAUAACAUAAUCAUGCAUAUUCUCGCCAAGUUCUCCUAAUCAUAGCACACAUCUCACAAUAAUAUGUCCAGGUCACACACCCACACACACACACACACACUGUUCAACAUUGUUCAGCAUUUUAAGAAAGGUUAUUGUUCUGUUAAUUAUGUUCACUAAGACUGCAUUUAUUUGAUCAAAAAUGUUUUCCUGUGGUUUUUGCAGCCUUCUGUCUGACUCCAGUCUUCAGUAUUAAACUUAAAAAACCAUGACAUUCUUAUUCCUUUCAUUUAAAUUUCUUUUCUGGCGGUGACCUGGGCAUGUUCUUGAUAGGUUUUGUGAGAGGCCUUAUUGACCCAAUAAUGCCUCCAACUGUACAGAUGAAUUUAAUGCUGAUAGCAGUGGUAUUUGCAUGUACAAACACAGUUUAUAAUUGCAUUUGUAUUUGAGGGGUAAUUUGAGAGUUGAUUUCCAUUAUUGCAUUAUUCCACAGGCUAAUAUGGGUCUUCAGCUGGAAACUAGCAUUAAAAUUCAAUGCAAAUGCCAAUUAUAAAGCUAAUUUGACCACAGAUGUUUUUUUUUUUGUUUUUUUUGCCUUAAUGCAUAAUUCCUAUAUGAAUAACCCAUAUACGCUGGAAUAAAAUGGUGCAGUAUUUUUUGUAAAAUGACCUUCAAUCAUUUUUAUGUCACUCUUAUUUUUUUAAAUAAGAAUAAAAAUAUAAAAAAGCCGUACAAAUGUAUUUUUCACCAAAUACAUUUUUAUAUAUUCUAUCUUUUUUUUACAUUUAAUUGCAAAAAAAAAAAAAUCCACAAAUAAACAGCAUAUAUUUUUUUA